AUGAAAUCUGUAUUGACGUCGUCCGGCACACUAAUUAUCACCCAACCAGUACCCGACCAGUACCCGACCAGUACCCGACCAGUACCCGACCAGUACCCGACCAGUACCCGACCAGUACCCGACCAGUACCCGACCAGUACCCGACCAGUACCCGACCAGUACCCGACCAGUACCCGACCAGUACCCGACCAGUACCCGACCAGUACCCGACCAGUACCCGACCAGUACCCGACCAGUACCCGACCAGUACCCGACCAGUACCCGACCAGUACCCGACCAGUAUCCGACCAGUACCCGACCAGUACCCGACCAGUACCCGACCAGUACCCGACCAGUACCCGACCAGUACCCGACCAGUACCCGACCAGUACCCGACCAGUACCCGACCAGAACCCGACCAGUACCCGACCAGAAUCCAGCCAGUACCCAACCAGUACCCAAUGA